AUGCGGAGGAGCCCCAAGCCCGACCUUGACUCCGGAGACCGAACCCAUUUCGCGGUAGCCAGCCACCGAAACACCUAUCGAAACACCCGCAAAGCGAUUUGUGAGCGCUUUGAUUCUAACCACCUCUCGAAUCUGCGCCCACCAUGGCGACCAAUGGUGAUUCCGGCCGAGGUAGGCACCACCUGGCUCCCGUUGAUAGCGCAAUCCGGGAGGACGCUACAACCCGUGGACACCGAACGCUGUCCCUUUGGAGACAAGAAGUCGCCCAAGCUAACAAAGCAAUCGCUCACAGGAACUGGAAGCCUGGUUGAUGCGUCUGGAUACACUUUCACAGACAAGGACACCAAACCCGGCAAGAUCAAGGUGAAAAAGACCUCGAAAGCAUCGACCAAAAAGAAAACAGAUGACGCCAAAGAUGGCCCAGUCGAUACCUCACCUACCUCCUCCCCUCUCCCCGUCAUUGAUACUAAAGUUAUCACCGCAUUUCCGACCGGCAAGCCACGCGAGGAAGAUUUAAUUGAGACUGUCAUUUGUAAGGUAUGCAGGCGGCCUACGCUCAAAGCCACGGCAGCGGAACACGUCCGUGGCUGUUUAAAGGCAAAACAAGAAAAAGCGCGCAAAAAGAAGGAGCUUCGCGAUGCGGCCAACCGCGCAAAGGCAGGAGACGACAAAGAUGACGAUCCAAAUGACAAGGAAGAUGGGUCCAUGAUGGGCUCCAAGAGCGCCAAAAAGAACGCCGUGAAGGGCACCGACGACAACAGGAAAGGCAAGAAGCGCAAGGCCGAUGAAGACGAUGGCAAAGAGCCCAAGAAGAAGAAAAAGAAGGACGAACUUAAGGCAAAGACAACUAAGCCAAAGGGCCCUGUCGACGUUGAGAAGCAGUGUGGUGUCACAUUACCCAAUGGCGCGCAGUGCGCUCGUUCCCUGACCUGCAAGAGCCAUUCGAUGGGCGCCAAGCGCUCGGUGCCCGGACGUACAUUACCAUACGAUAUGCUGCUUCAGCAGUAUCAGAAGAAAAACCAGGCCCGUCAGCAGAAGGCUGCUAUCGACGCCAAUGCGCCUUUACAAGAAGAUAUCGAGAACACAGGCCCCGUGGACUCCGACGAAGAACGGGAUUCCGUCAUGGCCGCCAUUGCCCGUUCUGCGCCUCAGCCUCUCGUUCAGCACCCCCUAAUCACCACUAAGUCUAAGUAUCGAUACGUCCGUAUCAAAGAGCAGAUGUCACAUGCCAUGGGUGUCCGAAGCGGCGGUGGAUUAUUCUCCAAUGGCGAUAGUCAACCUCUAUUUGGAAACCAGCUGUUUGGAUUCCCUCCCGCUGAGGUCGACGCUUCUUCCGUUGAUGCCCCCGGAGAAGUAGAUGACAUGGAUAUUGGCACAGGGACCGCUCUUCCAGGUACACGCAAAACCCCAAUCACGGCGGGGUAA